UAAUUCGACGCCAACCUUGGCGAAUCUCACCCGCGUCCUGGCAUAACAUCCCAGCACAGCACCCCCUUGUGCCCUUGCAAUAAUCGCCGAGCAUGCAUCGACUAACGUCAUUUCCCUCCUGACAAGGAUGCGGGCUCAUCUCCAGCAAAAGAGAUAAUAGUAAAGUAUCGUAGACUUUUGUUGUCUUUUCUGCACAGUGGUUUUGUUCUCACCCAACCAGCCGUCAUUCCCCUCCACCUUCUUACCAUAUCCCACUCCCUUGGAUUUGGAUAAUCAACCAUGAGGUACGGCGCACUGCAGGUCCUCGCUCUCGGAGCUUCGCUGGUUCACCCAGCUGUCGCCACCCCUGUUCCCGCCCCCAAUAACGACACGGCCACACCAACAACAGCAUCUGUCAAGCUCGCUGCUGGUAAUGUCGUCGGCGCUGUGGGCGAAGAUGGCGUGGAGUACUUCCGUGGAAUUCCAUUUGCGCAACCCCCAGUCGGCUCUCUGAGACUGAAGCCCCCAGUUCGACUCGAGAGCUUUGAGUCCGGCGAGGUUCAGGCCACCGGUGUCGGCCCCGCAUGCCCUCAGAUGACGGCAAUUGACCCUACGCCGCUCCUGCUCGGUGUGCUUGCGAUACCUGGUGUCCAGGAUACGCUGUUUUUUGGGUCGACGACCGGCGAUGAACAGGAAGACUGUCUUACGAUUUCGGUCAUGCGGCCUGCGGGCCUGCAGAAUGCGACAGACGCGAAAUUGCCUGUUCUCUUCUGGAUUUACGGUGGAGGGUUUGAGACGGGGAGCCCGCAGAUGUACGAUGGGUCAGUGCUGAUUCCUGAGUCGGUCUCGCAGGGUAAACCCAUGAUUCUCGUGAGCGUGAAUUAUCGCCUCGGGGCCUUUGGAUUCCUCGGAGGAAACCAGGUGUUGCAGGAUGGCGCGGCCAAUCUUGGUCUGCUCGACCAGCGCAUGGGUCUGGAGUGGGUGGCAGACAACAUCGCAGCAUUCGGAGGCGAUCCUGAUGCGGUUACGAUUUGGGGCCAAAGCGCCGGCGCCAUGAGUGUUUUCGACCAGCUCGCGCUAUACGACGGCGACAACACUUACAAGGGACGUCCUUUGUUCCGAGGCGCGAUCUUGAGCAGUGGUAGUUUGACUCCCACCGAACCCGUGGACGGCGUCAAGGCCCAAGGGAUCUUCGAUGCCGUGGUUGAAGCAGCUGGAUGCGCGUCUGCAGAGGAUUCUGCAAAACUCGAUUGCUUGAGGGAAGUCGAUUACGAGACUUUCCAGGCUGCAUCGAACAGUGUUCCUGCGUAUCUGAGCUAUGAUUCCCUCGCAUUCAGUUUUGCUCCUAGACAGGACGGUCGCAUCCUCACUGCCAGUCCUGAAACUCUCGCCUUGGAAGGAAAGUAUGCUGCAGUACCGAUGAUCAUCGGUAACCAGGAGAAUGAGGCAACUGUAUUCUCUCUAUUCCAAGCCAACAUCACCACCGAAGCCGAACUAGUCACCUACCUCAACGACAUCUUCUUCCGCAGCGCCUCCCGCGAGAUCGUCGAAGGCCUGGUCGCCACUUACCCUCCCAACCCCGACAGCCCAGCCGGCAUCGGCCCAUCCAACGAGACCUACCCCGAAUACAAGCGUCUCGCCGCCAUUCUCGGUGACUGGGAAUUCAUCUUCAUGUCCCGCCUGCUCCUGCAAUCAUACCCCGAAGAUGUGCCAGCGUGGUCCUACCUCUCGACCUAUGAACGCGGAACCCCGAUCCUCGGAACCUUCCACGCCACUGACUUGCCUCACUUGUACUAUCUGACUGAUGACAUGAGCAAGUCUAUUCAGGAUGCGUAUAUUGCGUUUGUGGAUUGUUUGGAUCCCAACCAGUACAAGCAGAGUAAUUCCAGUGGGUACUUGAGUUACUGGCCCAAAUGGCAGGAGAAGGAGAAGUUGUUGGAGCUUGGAUCUAAUUAUACGCGCGUGAUUGGUGAUGAUGAGAGGGCUGCUAGCUUCGAGUAUGUCCGCACUCACAUUGAGUCUUUGCGUUUGUAAAAUUGU